UAGUAUUAUUUUAUAUAUUUUUCAAAGAAAGAGUAUUUAAAUAGUAGUUAAAUUAAUACAGACACAAAAAACACAUCACUGGGUUCUCUCUCUCAGUUACAUUAUUACAGAGCUGCAAUCAUCAGCAACUGCAGCCCCAUCAAAUUCACCAACCAGUCCGCCAAAGCUUUCAACAACUCAAUUCAAGUUGUGGGAUUCUGUUGAUUUCUUGUACAAGGUUUUUCCGUCAAGCACAAACAAAGGCUUUAACAUUUGUGUUGAGUUUAGAAGAAGCAGAGAAUGGUCAAAAGGUAUGGAGCAUUUUGAUGUGCGGAAAGUACCAUGUUGCGGUGCUUAGAGGGGAUCCAGCAUUUAGGUGCUUCCCUGCUGCAAUGUUGUGAUCUCGACUUCAAUAGGCAAUCACGGGGCCUAGAAGAUCCUGAAAUUCUUGCUAGAGAGACUGUGUGUAUGCUUCAGCCUAUCCUUGUCACUUAAGUUGCCCGUGGUUAUGAUAUAGAUUACAGAAUAUGGAAUAAUUGAUGAGAAUAUGUGAAUUUUCCUUGCGUGCUUGAUAUGAUUUCAUUUUAGUUCUAUUUCUUGUUUUGCCUGCCUAAACCAAAAUCCUUUUGUGUUAGCUGCUUUCAAGUUUUAGUCAUACUCUAGCUUAUAUUCGUAUCGUAUUCCUAGACUUAAACUUAUUUCGGAUAAAUAGAGAGACUACAAUGUUUGGGUCUCCCAUUUGAGAUCUAAUAACAUAGAAUUACCAAUUCUUGAAUGGCCUUGAAUAUGCUAUUUCUCUAUGUACAUCAAUAUAAUUCCAUACAAUAGUCAAUUGAUUCUGCACCUGCGAUGGACAAAAUUAUGAAUCCUCUUUUAUACGUUUUUUUUCCCCUUCUUUUGUACGUAGUCAGUGUUAGUGAAAUCGAAGCACUUUAUGAGCUGUUCAAGAAAAUAAGCAGUGCUGUGAUUGAUGAUGGACUGAUUAACAAGGUAUGUAAAGCCCUUCUGUUGAAACUUUUGUAUCUUAGCUCUUUAAUUAUCAAUACCUUUGAUUUCAUGGUCUUGGAACUUUUAACCAAUACUUCCUUUUCUAAUUUUUUUAUUCCAUUCCAUUACAUUCGUUUGCAGGAAGAGUUUCAGUUGGCAUUAUUCAAGACAAACAAAAAAGAAAGCCUCUUUGCUGAUAGGGUCUUCGACUUAUUUGAUACUAAGCAUAAUGGAAUACUUGGAUUUGAGGAAUUUGCUCGUGCCUUGUCUGUUUUUCACCCCAAUGCCCCGAUUGAUGACAAAAUUGAGUUUUCUUUUCAACUGUAUGAUCUUAAACAACAAGGUUUCAUAGAGAGACAAGAGGUGAAGCAAAUGGUUGUCGCCACCCUUGCUGAAUCUGGUAUGAAUCUUUCAGAUGAUGUUAUUGAAAGCAUUAUCGACAAGGUGCUCCUCUAAUUUCUCUCUAUGCUGUUCCUUUUUUCUCUAUCUUUUGGGCAUUGGAUCUGAAACCAUCAAUACAAUUCCCCCCUCACCCUGUUUAUCUUAUUCAUUGUAGACCUUUGAGGAAGCUGAUACAAAGCAUGAUGGGAGGAUCGAUAAGGAAGAAUGGAGAAGUCUUGUUUUGCGACAUCCUUCACUUCUGAAGAACAUGACCCUUCAGUAUCUUAAGUAAGUGCCUGCAUUAAAAUCUGCAUUAUUUUCAUACUGAAUGGUUGCUAUGCCUAUAUAAAUAUCCGGAUCCAUAGUUUACAAAAUAUCAUGGUGAUGCUAAAAGAAAUUUCUCCCUAGAUUUAAUAUAGGAGGAGUUUGUCUGCUUUACACCAAAUUACUGAAUUGUAGAUUGCUAAUUAAAUUAUUGGACGGCAAACUUGACUGCAAAUGAAAUUGUUGAAUGACAAACUUGUCAGCUUGUCAUAAAUUAGUUUUUCACUCCCUGUUGUACUUACGAGUGGAUAGGUGUUGAUCGCUUUAGUAGAAUGAAAAAACUAUGUAUUCAGAGUGAUUGUCUCAGAUAUUAGAUUGUAUCGCACAAUUCUGGUGAAAGGCUGAAAGCAUGAUCUGCACAGAACGAAGGAUUUCGAUUGCUUAAUGGUCUGUGCAUAUAUAUGCGCGUCUCAGACUCUCAGAUAUUAGAUUGUGUCUGAUGGUCGCUUUAUAUUUAUGUUUUCUAAAUGUUGAUUCAUACUGUAUAUAUUUCUUUUUGAACAGGGACAUCACAACCACUUUCCCCAGCUUUGUAUUUCAUUCCAGAGUCGAAGAUGCUUGAUUGGCAUUAUGCUUUUCUACCUUCCUUCUUCAAGUGCUGUUGUAAAGAUGUCUGGCUUCUUAUCUGCCCAGCAAUUUCUUCUGUCAUCUACUGUCCUUACUUUGUACCGUGCAGAUUACUACAUUUUUGUGUAUUAUUUGCGGGUUUCAUUAUUUUUUCUUCCAUAAAUUGAAUGGGUUUUGUGACAUUCGGUAAGGUAGAACUUAGAGGUGGGGCUGUUUUGCUGCAAUAUCUUCUUUCUUCUGGACUGAAUAAUGUACUUAUUUUUUUUUAGUUACUGAAUAAUGUUUUAUUAGCCGUGAUGUGCAUCGUGUCAAAGUUUGGAUAUGAAUUUACGUGACACCAUACAAAUUACAAGUGACUAAUGGUUCUUAUCUCUUCAGCUAAUUGUAAAGGAUCCUAACCAUUCCUUUUCUUUUUCUUAA